AUGCGUGGGGAGAGCAGUGCUGUGAGUUUUCAGUAUGAGUCUCCCGAUGUUACCGGCGCCUCCCCAUCAUUCACCAAUUCUUCCCUAGCGAGGAUAAUUGGGCAAAAAGAGCUUCCACGAUUCGGUAUAGAAAUUGGUGGCCAUGAAGGGCUACUGAAGCUGCUCGGUGUCCGUUACGACGGGGAACCGACGUGGCGGAGUGGCGGUGGCUUGCGUGGGGGCAUCUUGUCGGAUUCUGUACAUCAGCGACGGUGUCGUUUUGGUGGCAACCGCCUGCCCCGCCCUCGAGAUAAAAGCGUGGGAACCCUCGUGAAAGAGUCCAUCGAGGAGGACAAAAUCCUACAGCUGCUAAUCGGUGCGGCUCUGUUUUCAAUUUUACUCGGUCACUUGACCUCCUAUCAUCAGAAGGAAGGGGGGAAUAUGUGCCCCAGCUGGGUUGAAGGGGCAGCUAUACUCUUUUCUGUGGUGGUUGUUGUCACGCUUGGCGCGCUCAACAACUACAACAAGCAGAAGCAAUUUUCACAUGUCUUAUUGCAAGAGGAUGGAACAAGGCAGUCGAUCGUUGUAUGGCGUUAUGACACAUUGGACGACAGAGCGAUGGUUAGGGAACUUUGCCUGGCUGCCAGAGAGGUGCCUAGUGAGGAUCUCGUUGUUGGGGAUGUUGUGCAGAUAUCUUCAGGAAUGGAGCUUAGCUUUGACGCCAUUCUCUUUGGUGGUAACUAUGUCGUUUGUGACGAGUGUUGUGUGUCAGGCGAGAGUGAAGAGGUUGUGAAAAGUUUGGAAGCUGAUCCCUUUUUGAUCAGUGGUUCUAGCGUUUUAGAGGCCUCGUCGGAGGCGAUUGCUGUCGUUUGCGCUGUGGGAGAGAAAAGUUUCUCGGGGGAAAUUGCCAUGGCCGUUCGAGAUACGGAAAAGAAGGUGACACCGCUUCAGGAACAUUUAAGUGUUAUGGCAGAUCACAUAGGAAAGUUUGGACUGGCCGUUGCUGUCCUUACAUUCGUGGUUCUUUUUCUCAAGGAGGUGUACGAGGUUGUAGCCAUGGGAAAGCCGUUUUUCGUCAUGAGUUUUGUUGAGAAUCUGGCCACAUCCAUUGCCAUAAUUGUUGUCGCCGUACCGGAAGGAUUGCCACUCUCAGUGACUAUAUCGCUUGCAUACUCUAUGCGAUACAUGCUGCGGGAUGGCAAUUUGGUUCGACAUUUGGCGGCCUGUGAGACAAUGGGCAGUGCAACGGUUUUGUGUACGGACAAAACUGGUACCCUUACAUCUCCCCACGCAACACUAAGCAGAGUGCUCUUUGAAGGGAAGGUUUACACGGCAAAUGAUAGCGGAGGGGAUGGAAGUAGUUGUGUCGAGGGCGGUCGAUGGAAUAAAAGUGGGACCGGGUUAUUUGUGGUGGCGUCUUCUCAGGCAACCGCCGGUUUGCUAAUGGAGUGCGUGGUUUCCAAUGCGUUGGAUCCUGUUCGAGGCCGGCCGGUGAACCGAACGGCGGAGGCCCUGCUUCAACUUGCUCAGCAUUUGUAUGUUUCAUGCGGCGAUGACUUUUCCUCGCCAUUCGUUUACGACAUGGGCCGCCUGGCGCAGCAAAUGUGCGACGGAUCGCGUUGUGUCCGCUUCCCUUUUACAUCAGUACAGAAAAAAAGCGUUACAAUUCUGAAGCUUCCUACUGGUGAACUCCGUCAGUAUGUUGUUGGGGCACCAGAGGCGAUAUUAAGUAGCUGUCGGAAUUUUAUCACAGCCGCCGGCGCUUUGGUGGAGAUAAACACCGAGUCACGUGAAUUUCUUCAGAGCAUCAUUCAAGAAUUUGGCCGCAGAGGCCUCAGGAGUUUGUGUUGUGCGUACGCCGUUGUUUAUCCGAUUGAGGGGCGCAUCAUGCCACUGGAAGUUUCCAGCGCUCCGCUCAACUUUUUGGCUGCGGUUGCAUUAGAGGAAGAGGUUCGACCUGAAGUCCCCGCAGCAGUACGAGCAAGCAUCUGUGCAGGUAUUCGUGUGAUCAUGGUAACAGGUGAUGGGCUGCUUACCUCCAUUAACAUUGCUUAUCGAUGCGGGUUGCUGAACCCGGUGGGCGGGGAAACAAGUAAUUGCUUUUCUCCACCACCGAUCAGUACGUUGAUCAACGAUGGCUAUGCUAUGGACGGCCCCGCGUUUCGUGCUUGUUCUGACACCGAUCUCCUCGUCAACUACAUUCCGAAGUUGUGCGUAUUGGCUCGUGCAACUCCGCUUGAUAAGAAACGGGUCUUACAGCUGCUAAAAAUGCACGAUCCACUCGCUGUGAUCGCCGUUACUGGCGAUGGCACGAAUGAUGCCCCUGCGCUAAAGCUGAGCGACGUUGGUUUUGCCAUGAAUAGCGGUAGUGAGGUGGCGAAGAGGGCGUCCGACAUCAUACUUCUUCACGAUAAUUUUGCCGGGAUGGUGAAGGCAACCAUGUGGGGACGCAAUGUCAGGGACAAUGUACGCAAGUUUUUACAGUUUCAGCUGACCGUAAACUGCGUUGCGUGUGUCUUCGCUUUUUGCGGCGCCCUGAUUAAUGAGAGCAAUAUUUUGCCCCUGAAACCUGUGCAACUUCUGUGGCUCAACCUCAUCAUGGACACGUUGGCUUCCUUGGCUCUCGCAACAGAGUUGCCUUUGGAGAAGCGUCUGUUUGAUCGGGCACCUGAACCACGAGACACGCCCAUCAUACUUCCGGGUAUGUUGUUUCAGGUGGCGGUGCAGGGUGGUUAUCAAUUCGUUGUGCAAAUCUACAUGUUGUUGGCCGGACACCGGUUGUUCGGCGAUAGCAGUACCGGUGAAGUGGAACGGCGGAGUCGACCGCCUAUUGACUAUUUGUGUCCGAAACAUCUUUCUAUCGUCUUUAAUGUGUUCGUGCUGAUGCAGGUGAUGAACUUCUUUAACGCCCGUCUUCUCCAUGAGGAGGAUAGUUUCUUUGAGAACUGGGGUAGUAGCCGUUUGCUGCUGCUGAUUGUAGCUGUGAUCGCGGUUCUGCAAGUGUGCAUCGUGCAGUACGGGGGGCGCUUCAUGUCUACAGUCCCGCUGAGCACCGAAGAGUGGCUCUACUGCACGUUGUACGCUAGUGGAAGCCUGGCUGUGGGUGCUGCAUCGCGGUUCUGCUGGCGGUGGAUGCGGCGCCGUGGAGCGCACAGUACAGGGAGUUGUGAUUCAUAUGUAUUGCUGUCGUAUCUUCCACGUUGGCUGCGAGCGCUCAUCGAUGGGGCACGUGGGGGUUCCGGGAGGAGACGGCAAAGAAGUAGCUAUUGUAAGGCUGCGGUGAAGGGGAAGGGAGCGUGUAAAACUGCCCCUGCAUACGUUUAA